GGAAUCCGAGAUAGUUCAAGCUUGCAAAAGAGAUACUUCAGCAAGGUAUUAUAAUGUGAUUAUCUGUCUCGGAUUCCCUCAUUUAUUCGAUGGUAACUAGUUUCUGUAAUCAACAUCAACAGGAGGUUCGUGGUAAUGCCGAGGUUCCAGAAUCUGAGAUAGUUCAAGCUUGCAAAAGAUUAUUGGAUGAUAGAAAAUGCAAAAAUGUCUUAAGGUUCCUUCAUGCAAUUAAUCAGAGGCCUGACAUAACAGAUGGAUUGAAGAGAUUAAAAUGCCGUAUGCUUAUUUUCGUGGAAGACAGUUCUCCUUUCCAUUCAGAGGCUCUAUACAUGACUUCAAAACUCGAUAGAAGAUAUAGUGCCUUGGUUGAGGUAUGUAGUUCUUCUUACAUUGAUAUAUGGAAGGGUCUACUAUAA